AUGGAAGAUCAAGAAUUUGACCUGGGCACUGGGGGCCCGGCUUUCGGCCGCGGCUGCUCUCCCAAGGUGGCGGCUCCUCCGGGCGAGUACUUCAGCGUUGGGAGCCAGGUGUCGUGCUGGACGUGCCAGGAGCAGAGGCUGCAGGGCGAGGUGGUAGCCUUCGACUACCAGUCCAAAAUGCUGGCUUUAAAAUGUCCCUCUUCCAGUGGAAAGCCCAACCACGCAGACAUCUUGCUCAUAAACUUACAGUAUGUUUCAGAAGUGGAAAUAAUUAAUGACCGAACAGAAACCCCUCCUCCCCUAGCUUCACUCAAUGUUAGUAAGCUUGCCAGCAAAGCACGGACAGAGAAGGAGGAGAAGCUGAGCCAGGCCUAUGCAAUCAGCGCUGGUGUCUCCCUAGAGGGCCAGCAGCUCUUCCAGACCAUACACAAGACCAUUAAAGACUGUAAAUGGCAAGAAAAAAACAUCGUAGUCAUGGAAGAAGUUGUUAUUACACCCCCAUAUCAAGUGGAAAACUGUAAAGGCAAAGAGGGGAGUGCACUGAGCCAUGUACGCAAA